AGAGAUAGAAAGAUGAGAUAAUUACGUUCCUUAUCCGAAGAAAGCGAGUCACUGAAAAUGGCGACUAUACCAUCCUCCUCUCUACAGCUCCCAAACCCAUUCCCACUCGCGUCGUCCUCUUCCAAGCCCCCCCGCGCGCUUAAACCCCUCCUUUCAUUCACAACCAGAGCCACCGAUUCCGAUUCUCCGCCCUCUGAACCAUCCGAGCCCGCGACGCAAGCCGGGACCGAAUCCGAUGACUUCGAGGACCGGCUGAGCCAGGUCCGACUCCGAUACCGGAGCGGGACGGGGAAGAAGGCGGAGAUGCGAAAGACGAGGAAGUCGAAGAAAGGCACGUCAUCUUCUUCGGCGUCGAUUUACCUGCCGCCAGUGCCCUUGAAGGAGCCGAUGGCGGGUCGGGUGAAGGUGGAUUUCGGGUUCAGCCCGUACAGCGAGCGGGUAAACGGGCGGGUGGCGAUAUUGGGAUUGGCGGCACUGUUGCUGGUGGAGCUGGCGACGGGGAAGAGCGUAAUAAAUUACCACACGCCUUCGAUUGUGCUGAUUCAGAUCUACUUCGUGGCGGCGGCGACGGCAUUGUAUGUUAAGGUUCAGAAAGAAAGUGUUAGUGUUUGGCCUCAGUCUUCUCCCAAACAAUGAUAAAAAUAUACUGUUAAUUAUUAUUAUUAUUAUUAUUAUUAUUUUCAGCCAUGAACACUUAUAUUAUAUUAAAUAUCAAAUUUCACUUCUUUUAUUUUUUUUUAUAAAAUUGAAAAUUAAAGUUUUCAGUUUGGUUUUCAUUGUUAUUGCAAUUAUUCUUUCUUUUCGUAUUGUUUGUUUGUUCUUUGAACUUUGUGUAUUAGAUGACGAUGAUGGAUAUUAUGAAAAUUCAAUGGCAUUGUAGCAUUGUUUGAUGGCA